AUGUCCUUGGUCGACCACAAGGGCUCCCCGGUGACCAUUGACCCCGAGAUGCCCGCCAACACCGAGAGGUACCUGAGGAUGGACGAGGCGGAGAGCGAGUUCCGAAGCAAGCUGGCUGUCCUGGAGAGACGGGUGGAGGUGGAGAGCGCAAGGAAGGCGGAGAUCGAGAAGUGCCGCAGCGAGAUCGAGAGGCUGCGGGAGGAGCUGGCGAAGAGUUCGCCCUGGAUUUGUGUCUCUCCAUGUUCCCCAUCCAGCAGGAAGCUCACCCCACGCCGAGACGUUCCCUCAUAUCCCAAGUACACCCUCUCCCCAGAGACCAUCGAGGCUUUGAAGAAACCUACCUUUGACAUCUGGCAGUGGGCUCCCAAUGAGAUGCUGAGCUGCAUCGAGUACAUCUUCCACAGUCUGGGCCUGGUCCAGCACUUCAAUAUCAACGGCAUCACACUGAAGCGGUGGCUGCUGAGCGUCCAGGAGAACUACAGGGACAAUCCGUUCCAUAACUUCCGCCAUGCGUUCUGUGUCACCCAGAUGAUGCACGGGAUGAUCCAACUGUGUGAGCUGCAGUUGAGUGAGUGAGACCGGCUGAAACCCAUCGAGAUCCUUGUCCUGAUGACCUCCGCUGUCUGCCACGACUUGGACCAUCCCGGGCUGAACAACACGUACCAGGUCAACGCUGGGACGGAACUCGCCUUGCGCUACGGCAACCGCUCCCCACUGGAACAGCACCACUGCGCCGUGGCGUUCCAGAUACUGUCCCAGCCGGACAGUGACAUCUUCGCCAGUACUGAGGAGGGAGUCUCAGAGGAGAUCCGGAAGGGAAUGACAGAACUGAUCCUGGCCACAGACAUGGCGAGACACACGGACAUCAUGGAUGCGUUUGCACAGUGUGUGGAUGUGUUCGACUACCAGAACCAGGAGCACCUCCGACUGCUGGAGCAAGUGCUGAUUAAAUGCUGCGACACCUCCAACGAGGUACGCCCCACGCAGGUCUCCGAGCCUUGGCUGGGCUGUCUGUUACAGGAGUAUUUCAUGCAGAGCGAACGGGAGAAGUCAGAGGGUUUACCAGUGUCCAUCUUCGUGGGCGGAGAGACGGGGUCCAACGCCCACACACAGGUCGCGUUCAUCACCUCCAUCCUCAUGCCCAUGUUCGAGUCCAUGACCAAGCUCUUUCCCCAGCUGGAGGAGGUGAUGCUGCAGCCUCUGAGGUUGGCGAGGGAUCGCUACCAGCAGCUCGGAGAGGAGGUGCUGAGGCGGGAGGCGCCCCCGGAACCCACCGUGGCAUCCAUCUCCAUCUGA